CAGCUGCUCGCACUGUCUCAUGUCCCGCUGCAGUGCAGUGUGUCAGAGCCCUGCACCAGAGCACAGCACACCCGCCCCGCUGUAGUGUAUCAGAGCCAUCCCUCACCGUGUCCCGCUGCAGUGCAGUGUGUCAGAGCACAGCACACCAACCCCGCUGUAGUGUAUCAGAGCUAUCCCUCACCGUGUCCCGCUGCAGUGCAGUGUGUCAGAGCACAGCACACCCGCCCCGCUGUAGUGUAUCAGAGCCAUCCCUCACCGUGUCCCGCUGCGGUGUAGUGUGUCAGAGCCGUCCCGCACCGCUCCGUCCCGGGGAGCGAAGGCACUGGCUGCCGACCCCCUGCCCAGGUCGCCCUGACUUGCAACCGAGCCCUCGCCGGACGCCCGGCUCCGCCACAGACUGCCCGAGCAGUUGCUGCAGCAAUGAUGAAUCGCAAGGGAAUGGUAGCCAAGAUCCUUUGCCGAAUACGGACCGACCCUUUCAGCAGCAACUACACGUUGCUGGGCAAGGAGCUGGGGAGGGGAAAGUUUGCAGUCGUCAAGAAAUGCAUGGAAAACGCCACGGGAAAGGAAUACGCAGCCAAGUUCUUACGGAAACGAAGGAAGGGCCAAGAUUGCCGCAUGGACAUUAUCAAUGAGAUCGCAAUCCUUGAGAUAGCGAAGAGCAACUCACAUGUGGUGGACUUGCACGAAGUGUACGAGACGACUUCGGAAAUCAUCCUAGUGCUGGAAUAUGCUGCUGGCGGGGAGAUCUUCAACCAGUGUGUCGCCGACCGAGACGAGGCCUUCAAAGAGAAAGACGUUAUUCGGCUGGUGUGUCAGAUCCUGGAUGGAGUAGCCUAUUUACAUGGGAAGAAUAUUGUUCAUCUAGACAUCAAGCCACAGAAUAUACUGCUUACAAGUUGCAAUCCUCUGGGCAACAUUCGGAUUGUGGACUUUGGACUAUCCCGACGGGUGGACACCAUUGAAGAGAUCAAGGAAAUCACUGGGACUCCUGAAUACGUAGCUCCUGAAAUACUAAAUUAUGAAGCAAUCAGCACAGCUACGGAUAUGUGGAGUAUCGGCGUGUUGGUUUAUGUUAUGCUGACAGGCAUUUCGCCUUUCCUUGGAGAUGACAAGCAAUCCACAUACCUCAAUAUUUCCAGAGUAGACGUUGACUAUUCAGAGGAUAUCUUCGAAGGUAUCUCUGAACUGGCUUUAGACUUCAUUCAGGCUCUCCUCAUUAAAGAUCCCAGGAAAAGAGCAAAGGCUGAACAAUGUCUCAACCACCCGUGGCUCUGUCCCGAGACAGAAGUGACCAAGCCCCUGACCGAGUCAGAGGAGGAACAAUCCGAGUCUGAGCCCAGCACUCCUGAUGCUGAGGAGCUGGUGCUAAUGGCCUCCUACACACUGUGCAGGCAGUUGGACAAGGACGUUGAAAUAGAGCGGACGGCUGUGCACAAACAGUUCAAGUUCAAGGAACCCUUCACGACGUUGCGGGAUUUCCUGAGCGCUUAACGCGUACUGGACUGCUAACAUGCUGGUUUCAAGCCCUCCACGCAGAGCACAGUGUUUACCUGUUGCUCAGAGUGCUCUGUGGCUGAAUGCUCUGCAGGCUUUCAUUACCUUGGACAAUUACACUUUUUAUCGAGCUUCAGCCUGGUGUGAUAUAGAGCACGCAGCCUGAAUUGGGCACACGGGGGGGGGGGGGGGGGGGGGGGGGGGAGGGGAGGUGGUUCCCUCUUAAGCCUAGUGAUGGAGCUGAGAGAGUGGGACGGGGAAAUCCUAGUUAAAAGUCCCUGAUAAUCAGACCAGUGAAUCGCAGUGGUUGAGACAAUUGCAGUGAUUGAGACAGGCGAGGUCUGUGCCACAGAUGG